AUGGCCGAUGGGACGGUGAUGAAGCUUGUGGAGGGUGUCCUGUCUCCAGUGAGUACUCUACUGGACGUACUAUUCUCUGUUGGAGCUCUGUAUGGGGCAAAGACUAUUGCAAAGUUUUCCUUGAAAUUCAUGAACGGACUGAGAACUUAUUUUAUCCCAUUUGGAAGAUUGAGUCGAAAAGAUUUAUCCAGUGCGCUUGGGAAGUGGGCACUGAUUGCUGGUGGCACUUCUGGCAUAGGACUGGCGUUUGCACACGAGUUUGCCAGGAGGAAGAUGAAUGUGAUACUAAUAAGCAGAUCUUACGAUGACCUGGUCUCCAUUGUCAGCGACCUUCAAUCGCAAUACAGUAUUGAAGUGUUGGGUAUCCAUGCUGACUUUUGUUUGGGCGAGCAAGUGUUUAGAGAGAUAGAGGAGGCACUUCAUGGUUACGAGAUUGGGAUUCUUGUGAAUAAUGUUGCUAUCCGCUACGACCACCCUCAGUAUUUUGCCCUCCUCCCCCACAACCGGAUGUGGCAACUACUCUUUGUCAAUGUGACCGCCCCCUGUGUGCUCAGUCACAUGAUCCUCCCUCAGAUGAUAGAUCGUAGGAGAGGGGCCAUCAUCAAUGUGUGCUCCAAUAUUGCAGCUGCUCCAACCACCCCUCUCAUGGCUGGCUACACUGCUUGCAUGGCGUAUGUGGACACAUUUUCAAGCACCCUUCAUCAUGAGAACAGGCACAGAGGGAUCACUGUACAGACUCUCCAUCCUUGUUUUGUGACGAUCCCACCCAUGAGUCCCACCCUCUUCAUUCCCACCCCCCACACCUACGUCCAGCAUGCCAUCACUACACUGGGUAUCUCAGCCCACACUUGUGGCUACUGGCCCCACGCUCUACAGUGCUGGGUCAUGAGUUUGAUUCCUCGAUCGUUAUGGACGCGAAUAGCAAUGUACUGGAACACUGUUGCUCGGAGACACUCUCUCCGUGAAGCCCAACUCACACGUGGGGGACAGCUAUUCUCUCGCAAAGUACAAAACUACCCACAAUCUAGACACAGAUUCUCAUCUGGUAGCAGAGCGACCUCUGACCUUUCUCUCCGUCGAACCCCCAGCCCUCGACGACGAGUAUCCACUGUUGAACCCAAUCAACCGGCAAGGAGCGCCCUACCUAAACUAGAAGAAACUACCUUUGCUCCUAUUCGAACUAACACUGGAAGCUCAUUUGGCAGUAUUCCCUCUCCAAUCCCUGAGGAUCACAUGACCUCCACACCCCUACAUACCCCCGAUACGCCACUAAGUUCCCGGGCUCAUGUUGGAGGGUUCAGAUUCUCAUCAAGUGACAUCCUUCCAUUGAGGUCCGCCAGUGCUGGCUCAACAACUCCUCCAAGAUCACCAGGAUUGCGAAGACAGAAACAUUCUCGAGUGUUGGUAGUACCAAGUGUAGCAACCGUUACCUUUGUACCCCAACCCCCCCAGGACAAUGUUAGACCACUAGAGAACUGAAUUUAAUUACCUUCUAUGUAUGUUGUUUUUUGCAGACUGUCUUUGAACCAAUUUUUUCUACAUGUAUUUCAAGUUAUAAUUAUGUCAUGAGUUA